ACUAGAGAUUCCUUCAGUAUCUCAUCUCUUCACUGAGCGAGAGAAUCUAAUUCGCGCUCUAAAUGAACAAGUUCCGGCUGCUACUCUCAGCCACGGCGGUGGUUCUCCUCGCCGCCGCCUUAUCCCCCUUACGCAACAAAUUCCACCCCUAUUUUUUCCCGUCGCUUAACCUGAUUUGGCUGCGCGGAGAAGAAUUGGCGGAUUUGGUGGUGACAAAUGGGACUAUAUACACCAGCGACGCCGCUUUCCUCUUUGCUGAUUCGAUGGCCGUUCGCGGUGGUCGGAUUGUUCGAAUCGGCAACCGUUCUUCUGUGCAGGACUUGGUUGGAUCUGAGACCAGGACGCUGAAUCUACAGGGGAGAGUGGUGGUUCCUGGAUUUAUCGACUCGCAUGUGCACUUGAUCUUUGGAGGAUUACAGAUGGCUCGAGUUAAACUCCGUGGUGUCAGCCGAAAAGAUCACUUUGUGAACAACGUCAGAGAGGCAGUAUCAAAUAUGCAACCUGGCUCGUGGUUGCUAGGUGGUGGUUGGAACAAUGAUUUAUGGGGAGGCGAACUUCCGAUGGCAUCCUGGAUUGAUGAUAUAACUCCGCAUAAUCCUGUUUGGCUGACAAGGAUGGAUGGCCAUAUGGGCUUGGCUAACUCUGUAGCACUAAAACUUGCUGGAAUAUCUACUAACACAGUGGAUCCAGAUGGUGGAUCUGUAGUGAGAAACAGUAUUGGAGAACCUUCUGGUUUGUUGAUUGAUUCUGCAAUGAAACUUGUUCUUUCCGACAUCCCGGAGGUCUCUGUGGAUGAGAGAAGGGAAGCUCUUUUAAGAGCUAGCAAUCAUGCUCUGAAGAAAGGUGUUACAACAGUUGUUGAUUUUGGCCGAUAUUUUCCUGGAGUAUCACCCGAAUUCUCAUGGGAAGAUUUGUCAGAUGUCUACAGAUGGGCUGAUUUAUCAGGAAAAAUGAAGAUUAGGGUUUGUUUGUACUUUCCAAUGGAGACAUGGACACGAUUACAGAAUCUCAUAAAAAAAUCAGGUCGCAAAUUGAGCCAAUGGAUUUACUUAGGUGGCAUGAAGUCUUUCGCAGAUGGAUCUUUGGGUUCUAACAGUGCACUGUUCCAUGAGCCAUAUGCUGACGAACCACUCAAUCGUGGCCUGCAAGUUGCAGAUAUAGAUAUGCUAUACAACAUGAGUCUCUCUUCUGAUAAAGCUGGGCUUCAGGUAGCUGUUCAUGCGAUAGGAGACAGGGCCAAUGACUUGAUCCUGGACUUAUACAAAUCAGUGGCUUCCGAAAAUGGAAUGAGGGACCGGAGAUUUAGGAUUGAGCAUGCUCAGCAUUUGGCUCCUGGUACAGCAGCUAGAUUCGGUGAACAACAAGUUAUUGCUUCAGUGCAGCCUGAUCACUUAUUAGACGAUGCUGGUUCCGCGACAAAAAAACUUGGGAUCGAGAGGGCACAUGGAGGAUCGUAUUUAUUUAAUUCACUCCUUGCUGGCAAUGCACAGUUGGCUCUUGGCUCUGAUUGGCCAGUUGCAGAAAUCAAUCCUUUAGGAAGCAUAAAGACAGCACUGAAAAGAGUGCCACCUGGUUGGGAUAACGCGUGGAUUUCAUCUGAAUGCAUCAGCCUGAAUGAUGCAUUGAAUGGGUACACCAUUACAGCUGCUCGUGCGUGCUUCCUCGAUGAGGAUGUGGGGUCACUCUCUCCUGGUAAGAUGGCAGAUUUUGUGGUUCUAUCGGUGAAUACGUGGGAGACGUUUGCUUCCGAAGCUUCUGCUUCUGUCGAUGCUACUUAUGUUGGUGGAUUAGAAGCAUAUUCGAAGAAGCUCAACGAAGGUUAAUUUUAUGAAGUGGAAUUUGUUAAUUAAAAAUAAAUGUUGAGAAGCUUAUACAAUCCAAUUGUAAAAAAAACAACUUAGACUUGGUGAUGGAUUUAGCCCAUAAUCCUUUUCUUUUCAUAAUGUUGAAUGAUCAAUUAUAUUGAUAAAAAAAAAAUUAAAACAAUUCA